AUGGCCGAGGGAGGUUGGUGUUGGGAGCUUCAGAGUGUGGGCAGGCCUGGAAAAGGUGGUACUGUGGUGACAGAGCCAGAACUGAAGAAAGUGGCAUUGAGCGACGUGAAGGGUAGUGAUGGCCACUCCCAGGAAGGACCAACACAACCACCAAGGCCCAGUUAUAAGAAAGGGUUGUGCACAGGCCAAGUUCAGGGCGACUCCAGGCCAGGGAAUGAACGGGAGGCAGAUGGGUCUUUGGGGCUGCUCUGUACUUUGUCCUCUCUUCUAGUCUGCCCCCAGCCCUCUGCCCAUCGACUCUCCAUUGGCUCUCGGUCACAUCAUGCCCUCUCUCCUGCCAGUGUCCCACUCCCUGACCCUGCCAUACUGUCUCUAGACUUUCUGGACAAUGUGUGGUGGAUGAACAAGCAACUGCUCUAUUAUCAAGUCCUAAAUUUCAAAAUGAUUGUCUCUUCAACACUACUGAUCUGGAAGGGGUUAAUGGUAAUAACUGGAAGUGAAAGUCCAAUUAUAGUGAUGCUCAGUGGCAGCACGCAACCUGCAUUUCAUAAAGAUGAUCUCUUCCUAGCAAAUCGAGUUGAAGAUCCUGUCUGAGUGGGAGAAAUUGUCAUUUUUAGGAUAGAAGGAAGAGAGAUUCCUAUAGUUCACCGAGUCCUAAAGAUUCAUGAAAAAUUCGUUCCUUGUAUUGGAAUUGUGACGAUCCUCAUGAAUGACUAUCCUAAAUUUAAGUAUAUAGUACUGUUUUUGCUGCAUUUAUUUGUGCUGGUCCAUAAGUAG